GGCGGCCGUUGGCGCCGCCAUGGCGGAGUGCUCGGCGCUGCAGUUCGUGAGCCCUUACGCCUUCGAGGCCAUGCAGAAGGUGGACGUGGUGCGGCUGGCGGCGCUGAGCGACCCCGAGCUGCGGCUGCUGCUGCCCUGCCUGGUGCGCAUGGCCCUGUGCGCCCCCGCCGACCAGAGCCAGCGCUGGGCGCAGGACAAGAAGCUCAUCCUGCGGCUGCUCUCGGGCGUGGAGGCCGUGAACUCCAUCGUGGCGCUGCUCUCCGUGGACUUCCACGCGCUCGAGCAGGACGCCAGCAAGGAGCAGCAGCUGCGGCACAAGCUGGGCGGCGGCAGCGGCGAGAGCGUCCUGGUGUCGCAGCUGCAGCACGGCCUCACGCUCGAGUUCGAGCACAGCGACUCGCCCCGCCGGCUGCGCCUCGUGCUCAGCGAGCUGCUCGCUAUUAUGAACAAGGUGUCAGAAUCAAAUGGUGAAUUUUUUCUCAAGUCGUCUGAGCUCUUUGAGAGUCCUGUCUAUCUGGAAGAAGCAGCAGAUGUUCUCUGCAUUUUGCAAGCAGAGCUGCCCUCGCUAUUGCCCAUAGUUGAUGUAGCUGAAGCUCUGCUGCAUGUUAAAAAUGGAGCCUGGUUCCUGUGCCUCCUAGUGGCCAACGUUCCUGAUAGUUUUAAUGAGGUUUGCAGAGGUUUGAUCAAGAACGGUGAACGGCAGGACGAGGAAAGCGUUGGCGGCCGUCGCAGGACAGAAGCACUUCGACAUCUGUGUAAAAUGAACCCUUCGCAAGCUCUGAGGGUCCGAGGCAUGGUGGUGGAAGAGUGUCAUCUACCGGGUCUUGGUGUUGCUUUGACCCUGGAUCACACCAAAAAUGAAUCUUCAGAUGAUGGAGUGAGUGACCUGGUGUGCUUUGUGAGUGGUUUGCUGCUUGGCACAAAUGCCAAGGUUCGGACGUGGUUUGGAACUUUUAUUCGAAAUGGCCAGCAGAGAAAAAAAGAUAAUAUCAGUUCUGUGCUUUGGCAAAUGAGAAGGCAGCUGCUCCUGGAGCUCAUGGGAAUCCUUCCCACGGUUCGCAGCACACACAUUGUUGAAGAAGCAGAUGUUGAUACAGAGCCAAAUGUGUCUGUGUACUCGGGACUGAAGGAAGAGCACGUUGUGAAAGCCAGCGCGUUGCUGCGUCUCUAUUGCGCUUUGAUGGGAAUUGCUGGGCUGAAACCAACUGAUGAAGAGGCUGAGCAGCUACUCCAACUCAUGACCAGCCGUCCUCCUGCCACGCCAGCCGGCGUUCGCUUUGUCUCUCUCUCCUUCUGCAUGCUUCUGGCCUUCUCCACUCUUGUCAGUACCCCGGAACAGGAACAGCUCAUGGUAAUGUGGCUUAGUUGGAUGAUAAAGGAAGAAGCUUAUUUUGAAAGCAUUUCUGGUGUGUCUGCUUCCUUUGGAGAGAUGCUACUCUUGGUAGCAAUGUAUUUCCAUAGCAAUCAGCUCAGUGCUAUCAUUGAUUUGGUCUGCUCUACUUUGGGAAUGAAGAUUGUUAUUAAGCCCAGCUCACUGAGCAGAAUGAAGACUAUCUUCACACAGGAGAUUUUCACUGAACAGGUUGUGACAGCCCAUGCUGUUCGUGUGCCUGUUACAGGCAAUCUCAGUGGAAACAUCACUGGGUUUUUACCUAUUCACUGCAUUUACCAGCUUUUAAGAAGCCGGUCAUUUACCAAGCACAAAGUAUCCAUUAAGGACUGGAUCUAUAGGCAGCUCUGUGAAACCACCACUCCACUUCAUCCUCAGUUGCUUCCUCUUAUUGAUGUCUACAUUAACUCUAUUCUUACUCCAGCAUCUAAAUCCAACCCGGAAGCCACAAACCAACCUGUCACAGAACAGGAGAUCUUGAAUGUUUUUCAGGGACUCACUGGGGCAGAAAAUGCUCGACUUGCUCAGCGUUACAGCAUCACAACACGCCUGCUUGUCCUCUACUAYGUCCUCUCGUACGAAGAGGCACUUCUGGCAAAUACAAAGACACUAGCUGCCAUGCAAAAAAAACCCAAGUCUUACUCUUCAGCAUUAAUGGAUCAAAUUCCAAUCAAGUACCUCAUCCGCCAGGCACAAGGACUGCAGCAGGAACUUGGAGGCUUGCACUCUGCACUGCUCCGCCUUCUUGCUACUAACUAUCCACACCUCUGCAUUGUGGAAGACUGGAUCUGUGAGGAGCAGAUCACAGGCACUGAUGCCUUGCUGAGGAGGAUGUUGCUUACAAACAUUACCAAAAAUCAUUCUCCCAAACAGCUCCAGGAAGCCUUUUCCAUGCUCCCAGGAAACCAUACCCAGUUGAUGCAGAUUCUAGAACAUUUAACACUUCUCUCUGCUGGUGAAUUGAUCCCAUAUGCAGAAGUAYUGACUUCAAAUAUGAAUCAGUUGCUAAAUGCUGGGGUCCCAAGGAGGAUUCUUCAGACAGUCAAUAAACUUUGGAUGGUUCUGAACACUGUGAUGCCACGAAGAUUGUGGGUCAUGACUGUUAAUGCUCUGCAGCCUUCAGUAAAAAUAGUCCGACAGCAGAAAUACACUCAGAAUGAUCUGAUGAUUGACCCUUUGAUAGUACUAAGAUGUGAUCAGAGAGUUCAUAGGAGUCCCCCUUUGAUGGAUAUAACUUUGCACAUGCUGAAUGGAUAUCUUCUUGCUUCAAAAGCCUACCUCAAUGCUCACCUCAAGGAAACAGCAGAGCAGGACAUCAGGCCAUCCCAAAACAAUGCCAUGGGUCCAGAGACCCCAGAAGUUACCAGGGAAGAACUAAAAAAUGCACUGCUUGCAGCUCAGGAUAGUGCUGCUGUGCAAAUUCUUUUGGAAAUCUGUUUACCUACAGAAGAAGAGAAAGCUCAGAGCAGUAAUAGUCAUAGCCUGCUGAAAAGUGUUUACAGUUCCACUGGCUCUAAGAGCCCUGAAAUAAAAGAAGAAGAAGAAGAAGACAGCUUGCUGUGUAAUCUCCGAGAGGUCCAGUGCCUCAUCUGCUGUCUGCUCCAUCAGAUGUAUAUAGCUGAUCCCAACAUAGUCAAACUGGUUCAUUUCCAGGGUUAUCCAUGUGAACUUCUGGCCCUGACAGUGGCAGGGAUUCCGUCCAUGCACAUCUGCCUGGAUUUCAUACCUGAGCUCAUUGCUCAGCCUGAGCUUGAAAAACAGAUAUUUGCAAUCCAGUUGCUUUCAUUUCUGUGUAUCCAGUAUGCACUACCCAAAUCCCUGAGUGUGGCUCGUUUAGCAAUCAAUGUCAUGGGAACCCUCCUCACAGUCUUAACCCAGUCAAAGCGCUAUACCUUUUUUAUGCCAACCCUGCCUUGUCUGGUUUCGUUCUGUCAAGCCUUUCCGCCCUUGUACGAGGAUAUCAUGUCCCUGCUGAUACAAGUAGGGCAAGUCUGUGCCUCUGACGUUGCCACGCAGACAAGAGACUUCGACCCAAUUAUUACACGUCUCCAGCAACUAAAGGAGAAACCAAAGGAAAUUUUAGGACUUUGCAAAGAUCCAUCUUACAAAAGUUGUUCAAGGGACAUUGCAAGCAUGGACCCUGAUGUUCAGUUAUGCCAAUGUGUUGAAAACACCAUCAUUGAAAUAAUUAACAUGAGUGUAAGUGGAGUUUAGGAAGAAGAGAAAUGAAAUUGUACCAUAGCUACUAUUACUGUCUGUGGUGUCCAAAUCUGGAGAGAGCUGACAAGUGGAUUGAGAAACGGGAGUGCAAAUCCUUGACUGUCGUUCAGUGGAUUCAGUUGUGGUUGAAGUCUGUCAAAGGAAAAGAUUCUUCAGAGGCUUAGGCUGCUUUCCAUGAAAAAAUCUCACAAUUACCCAUCCAGUGAUAGUGGGCAUGAUUUGUAGGCACACUGCAUCACUUCAGGAACUGAGCAGCACACCUAUGAAUGGUUUUAUAACGCUUCUUGGAAACCAUAGGGUUAGCUGAGCAAGCAGUAAAACGAUGGGCAAGAAAAGCCUGAGGUUGGAGAACUUUGCUUAAGUUCAAAUGAAUUAGUGUUCCAGGGGCUCAAAGAAGAAGGUGGAAUAAAAUACCUCCCAGAAGACUAGAAGUGGUGCGAGUUGUAGCCCUUGAGGCAAUUCACUGAGACAUAAGAAAAAGUUGGAUUUUUUUAAUUUUUAUUUGCUCUUUGAACAAUUGUCUGAGGUGUCAGUUAUGAGAUCAGUAACCUUCAGAUCAAAAACUAAUUCAUUUAAGAUCAGUCAGCCCUCGUUAAAAGUUUGGAAGUGGUCUAGAAGUUUCUAAAAGAUGCUUUGCAUUACAAAUGAACUAUGUAAGCGAGAUUUUUAAAGCAUGUAUAUUUUGAACGCUGCUCAGAUGUCUUUAUUUUUUAAACACAGCACUUAGUUUAAAAAGAGAUGAGAAAGACCUAGGGGAAGGUAAAGUACAACGAUAUCUGAAUUGUCAUUAGGUUAAGAUUAAAAAAAGGGAAGUGGUAUUGGAGGCUACUAUGACAGAAGCUGAAGUUCACUGCAAUGAAUGGAAAAACAGAUUUUAGCACAUCCUCGAGACUUGCAGCUUGGGGGACAAGAAGACGAAAUACUUCUGUGCUCAAUGUGAGCAGAACUCUCCUGAAAGCAGUGGGUUGUUCUCUCGAAAAACCACACUGUUUAGCCUUGAAAGAUUUGUUUUGUGGCAGAGUGGGUAUGGUGCAGCAUUUGGGAGUUUCUUCAAGGCUGCACAGGCUCUCAUGAUGGGCAGCAAAAGCAUUUGCAAAGAGAGAAAUAAAAAAUUAAGGAUUGUCUGGCUGUUGUGCCAAAAGUGAAUGUAGCUCUGCAACACACUGUAACUGCUCCAGUGGGCAAUCCAGCAUUUGCUGUUUUGAAAAUGACAGUCGCUGGAGUCCUUAACAAGGUAUUUCUUUCAAGUUUAUAUUCCAGAAUUCACA